GUGAUCAAGAAGCUGGUCAGACCGGAGUGAUACAAGGAAACAACAUGUCGUGUCGCUUGGAGAUAUUUUCCUUGUUUGCUGUUCUUAUACUCAACCUGGUUAAGGCAGAUGUUUGCAAGGACACCAAACCGGAUUUUAGUGCACCCGGCCAACGGAUCAGCGAGCAAAAAUGCCGUGAAUACAAUUGGGAAAGAAAACGUUUAGAAAAAUGCUCUAAAGACGCAGACAGCUUCGAAUUUCCGUACGUGGGUGCUGUAGGCUACAAGGACGAAGAAAAUAAAGACUGGGUAUUUGCGUGCGGAACAUUCCUCAUCAGUGAAAGGUAUACGGUCACUGCCGCGCAUUGCUCAAGAAGAAGACCCGAAAUUGGGAAAUUUCCUGAAAUUGUCCGUUUUGGCAACAAAAAUAUAGUUGAUGAAGUUAAGCGUUUGGAUGUUAAAAUUCGUAGCGUGAUCGUCCAUCCGCAAUACAAAGCACCGAUAAAGAAUUUCGACAUAGCUUUGAUUCAACUGGAGUCUGAAGUACCUUUCUCGAGGUCUAUCUAUCCAGUUUGUCUAUGGUCAAAGAACCUUGAUUCGUUCAAGUUUGCUUCUAAUCCUGCAUGGGGAGUUGAAGGCAAAGAAUAUAAAAUCCGUAAAGAAAUAGCAGUAAUGAAUGUACAAAUUCUGGACCACGACUCUUGUGUGGAAGCAACGAAACCAUGGAUCACUCGUUUAUUUAGGGAACUGAGUCUGCAUCAGAUCUGUGGUGAUGAACAAAAAUCAACUGUCAUAAACUGCCAGGGGUCAGGGGGAUCUCCUCUGAUAACCAAAGGAAGCCUCGACGACAGUGAUGAAGACCAAAUACCUUAUGCCUAUGGAAUAUCCUCCUUUGGGAGAGGCUGCGGAAACAUGACCAUCUACACCAGGAUAUCGAGCUUCAUCGAUUGGAUCGAGGAGACUGUGUGGCCGAAGACAGCUCCAGCAGACGCUAUUCACUUUGUUGAAUGAUAAAGUUAGUGAUUAAACCUGAGUAUUUUAAUCAUUGUAUUUUAGUAAUGUGUUUACAAGCUGUCAAACUUAACCUGUGUAAUAAAUAAAUAAUUAAAAAAUCAUUA